AUGGAACACAAAUAUAAGCUCAUAUUAAUCAUAGGACUAACCUCAUUGACAUUCUUAACUAUUCUUUUCCUUAUAAUAUUUUGCUGUAGAAGAAAAAAGGCACAAAAUGUUUCAAGAGAUAUAGAAGCUAGCUUUGAGUGCAAAGAAAUUGAUGGGGUGGUAAAUACAGAUGAUAUAUUGAUCAAGUUUCAAGAUGUUGAAGAUCUAACUGUACAUGAAUUACUGGAUGCCCCUGGUGAGGUUAUAGGAAAAUCUAGCUAUGGAACUCUGUACAGGGCUAGUUUGGUCAAUUCAAGUUCACUGACAUUGUUAAGGUUCUUGAGGCCUACUUGUACAUUGAGGAUGAAAGAAGUUGUACCAAUUAUAGAGUUGCUGGGGUCUAUUAGGCAUCCAAAUUUGGUGCCUCUGAGUGCAUUUUAUGCUGGGCCUCGAGGGGAGAAGCUUCUUGUUCAUCCAUUUUAUGGGCUAGGAAAUUUGGCUCAGUUCAUCAGAGAUGGUAAUGGCGAGGCUCACAAAUGGCCAAUCAUAUGUAGGAUCUCCAUUGGCAUUGCUAGAGGAGUUCAUCAUCUUCAUACGGCAUUUGGAAAGCCCGUGGUCCAUGGAAAUCUCAAGUCGAAGAACAUACUAUUGGAUCGUAAUUACCAACCAUACGUGUCAGAUUUUGGCCUGCAUCUUCUUUUGAAUCCGACGGCUGGGCAACAAAUGCUUGAAGCAUCUGCAUCUCAGGGAUAUAAAGCGCCUGAGUUGAUUAAAAUAAAAGAUGCAACUGAAGAAAGUGAUAUUUAUAGCCUUGGGGUAAUACUUCUAGAGUUACUUACUGGAAAAGAACCCAUCGAUGAAAACCCUACUCCCGAUCAAGACUUCUAUUUGCCUAAUACCUUGAGGGCUGCAAUUCUUGAUGAUCGAAUUACGGAUUUGUAUCAUCCAGACAUCCUUCUCAGUCGAAACAGUGGUCAGAGGGUAGUCACUGAAGAUCAUAUUCUCAGGUUUUUUCAACUUGCAAUGGCUUGUUGUUCUCCCUCAACUCCCCUUCGGCCUGAUAUUAAACAAAUUCUUGACAAGCUUGAAGAAAUUGCUAAGUGA